AUGCCUCCGUGGACACCAGAAUAUGUCUCUGCUCCGGAAGGUAAUCCAAAAGGUAGAACUUAUUUUAACUGGAAUGAUGAACGGCUACAAAAAUGGAAAGACGAUGCUAUCAAAAUGCAAGAUGCUCACGUGAAGGAUAAUAAUCAUACAGAAUGGUUUGCCUAUGAACGUGCAGAUGGAGGUGAUCUGGAGUUAAGAAUUGCAGUGACAAUUUACGGUGUCAGAACGCCAGAGAAAGGCACUAAAGCAACUCCUUCGUCGCCUUUUAAUAGUUAUGAACGUGGUGAAAGACUUCACGUUCGCAAACUAAAGAAGAAAAUUAUCGAACAUUCAAAUAGUUCUGAAAAAAUCCUCAUGAGUGUUAUUUAUAUAUCAACUGCAACUUUGAUGGAAAAAGAUGAUAAAGUCUAUGCAAGUGAAGAGCCAGUGUUUCGAAUCAACGGUCGUAAAAAAUACAUUGAUAAAAAUGGCAGAACUUACGUUGACUUUCAAGAUUAUAAAGAAAACAAUACAUUACAUAAGGUCGCUACCUUGGGUCCUGUCAAUGGAACAUAUAUAGUUGCCGAGAAAAACAACAAUGGACGAGUACCUUUAGAACUGGGCGAAACGCCCUCCUGUAAUCUAUCUCAACGUGUUAAAGCUAUCGGUGAUACAGUUGUUAUGGUUGGUGGAAUAGUUCUGUCCGUGACAGGUGUUGUCACAUUUUUUGCUCCAGCCCUAUUUUCUGCACGAGCCAUGGCUGUAAUUCAAGCGGGCUCUUUUUUUCUUACAGGCUACAACGUAGUUGGAGCUGGUGUGGGAAUUUAUGACAAAACAUUACACGACGAAAGCAUUCGCACUGACGUUUUGAUUUUAAUCUCCGCAGCAUUAUCUAACUACACUGGAGUACUGCGAACACAGGCCGUACGAUACGCACGAGAAGGGAAAACAUAUGCUGAAGUUAUGGAAAAAAUUGGUGCAGCACAGAGAGCUAUGUUUGCUAUAGCCAAUGUUUUUACGAUUUGCUCUAGUUCACUUGCAUUACUUUCGUCCAUAUACGAUCUCGUGACUAAACGAGAACGUACAUGGCUAGAUUACUAUCAACUAUCGAUGAGUCUAUUCAUGCUCAUGAACGUUUCUACAAAACCGAAAACUCUGAAAGCUGUUUUUGAAUCAGAGCAAAUGCAACACUUGAAACAAAUGGAAAAAAGCCUCAAAUCUGAUGAAGCAAAAGAAGAAAUGUCAAAAAUGCUAGAAUCGCAUGCAACAUCUGAUGACAAAGCAUACGUGAUUCGGAAUCUUAACAAGAUUGAAAAUCCUACAGAAUUUUUUGAAUUGAUUCGCAAAACUGGUAGUCAGGUUACUUGUACUGCUGAUGGACUCGCUGUUAACGGAAAGAUUGAUAUUUCUCCAUUAGCUUAUAAUGAUAUUGGCAAAGCGGUAUUUACAGAAAAACUCAAUCAAAUUUCGAAAUCUCAGGCAAGUGCAUUGCACACCAGCUUAAUGGACGAGUUUGCCGAUCAGGUGCCCCCUGAGAGAAGACAAGAAUUCGAAAGUAAACUGAACGAUAUAAAGAAUUUGCCUGUCGAACAACAACAGGAAGCGACGAGAAAUCUUGUCCAUGAGUUUACACCUGAGAAUGGCCAAGCUCAAAGAAAUUUUGAUGAAUCAUGGAACAAGGCAAAAUCAACAUCUCAAAAUGCCUUGAAUAAAAAAAUCGAUGACAUGAUCGGAGAUCUAGGACAAGGAAGUGGUACAGAUGAAAAAAAAACUGAUUUUAAGCAGCUAGGGGAUCUAGCAAAAAAACAACUGAAUGGUACAAUUACAGCUGAUGAACAAAACCAAUUGCAACAGCAAUUAGACAAGUGUUCAAGCCAUCGGAAAGAAUAUUUUUUCAAAUCAUCAGCCGAUCAUCGAGAUGACGCGAGUAACUCUGCGAAUGAUGCUGCCUUCAAAAAGGACAUUGACACAUUUACGAACGCAAGAAAUGAACGUUUAUGUUAUCGUGUUAAUGUUGAAGAUGUGAAAAAGACUUUAGCAGAUACUUUUGGAGUAGCCAAUCAUGAAGAUAUUACUGUGAAAGGUCAAAGAAUAUUCGCGAAUAUGAAGACUAGUGAUUAUGAUCGGUUAAAUCGUGUUCUGAAAACAUACGGUGACCGAGGUCCGAGUUUAUUAACUGCUGCCGAAAAACUUGGAAAUGAUCCUGCUUUCGCAGGACAAGUUAGAACACCCAGUGAUAUAGCGUCGAUUACAGAAGCUCUGGAUGCGGCAAGAGGAGGCCUUAAAGGUAAUGUCCAACGUAAAGCCUUUGUCGAUGGUGUGGCUUCCGGUAGUGGUGAACAUUAUGAAAAAUUUCGAAAUGAUUUCAACGCAAGAAUCAAUGCAGUGAAUGCGCUUCCUGCAGAAACCAGAUGUCAAUGGAGUAGUCCUCUUUCUAUGGCUUAUCAUUGGUGGAAGCAUGAAAAAGAUUUUGUUCCAGGUCGAGCACUAACAAUCGAUGAAUAUUUUGGUAAAUAUGCAACUGAUAUUUUCACAACAGAAAAUUACAUCGGAACAAGUCAUAAUCAAACAGGUGGUCUUAAACAAUCUUAUGCACGAAGUUUUGGGCAGCGUCUUCAUGUUGGUUUCACUUUCGGCGAUUCAGUAACAAAAAAUGCAAACUUAACCGCCGACGGAUUGAUUAAAGAGCUAUUCUCUAGUGGUGAAUCUGACCUAUCAUCUCUCAUCGAAUCUUUCGUCGUCAAAGAAUUCAUUCGACAGAAUAAAAAUCUCUGUCGCAUUACAGCUAAUAAUUGGAUAGCAUCCAAUCUUCAAAAUGGAUCAAGUGAUUUUAUUCGAAGAUUUAUUGCUGCUGAACAAGCAGAUAAGCUUAUAGAUAUUUUCCCACCAGAUUUACAAACUCGAUUAAUUAAUCUGAAAGUCGAGGAUGCUGUUGGAAGUUUACUGAUCGAAUUCAACCGACUUUUUAUCAGAUUACGGGAAAAAUUCGUACCUGCUCAAAGUGAAGAUAAAUUUCGUAGUUUUCUUGUCCAAUGGUUUCAAAGCGGAUUCAUGCCGUUAGCUGCAUGGAAAGUUCUCAUUGAAUGGAAGCAAAGCGGUCUAACUGUUCUCAACUUGAAAAACCUAAAAUGUCCACCUUCUGCUGAAAAUGAUACUAAUUGGCGGCAAUUGCAACGUCUAUUGAAUGAUAUAAAGACUGAUAAUUUUGUCGAACCCAACAAGAUUCAAACAAUUCUCGAUAUAUUUCUGGCUAUUCCCGAACUUACUGUCAAAGAUGGUGCCGUGAAACUUCUUGGAAGAAUUGUUUAUCUAAGUGAAUGGGCAAAACAGAUUGAAGAUUUGAUGAAAGCGCACAAUGCAACUCAGGCAUCCAUUUUCGCUGAGGAUGCUUUAACUAUUGAUUGUGAUCUAACUAACAAGAUAUGGGAAGGAAAGAUUUUAAUUUUACACGCCAAAGUGAUUUAUAUCGGACAAAAUUCAAGGAUUCGGUUGUCGGGUGCAGGGUACAGUCCAGGAAACACAAAGGCUGCGAGUGCAACGUCGACAGCAUACAGAGGUGCAGACGGUACGGAUGGUCGAGCCGGCGAAUCUAGUGGAAAUAUUGCUAUAUUAGCAACGAAAAUGUUGAAUCCUUCAAAAUUAACGAUCGAAUUGAAUGGUGGAAGGGGCGAAGACGGACAAGAUGGUGGUGACGGCUGUGAUGGAAAAGAUGGUGUCGGUGUUACAAAAUCUGAUCUUGACAAGUUGGUUGUUAACUAUUACAGUUUAUACCGUGAUUCCUGGUCAAAUUUUGCAAAUUAUUCGCCACCUUCCAAUUGGUCGAGAAAAAGUGAUUCUAGUAGUAGUGGAGAGUAUAUUUAUCGAACAUACGAAGACGAAAAUGGUCGUACGAUGACCUAUUCGUUUGCUGCUGACAAAGGAUGGACUUAUUCAACGUACGAACUCUAUUUUUUCAUAUGCGGAUCCAAAGGAACCAGUGGGACGCGAGGUGGAAGCAAUGGUGUUGGUGGUCAAGGUGGUUAUAAUGGGAGCUGUACAGCUCAAAAUCCUGAAACUGGUGAAGAAUUUCAAAUAAAUAUCAUACGACAUGGUAACAAAAGUGGACCUAAUGGUGACAAUGGAAAAGUUGGUCAGAGCGGCAGACACGGUAUCAAUGGAAACGAUAUGGGCCUAAUAGAUAGAUCAGCACAAGAAGCCUCAAAACACUACGAAGGUAGUUCAGAAAGAAAACUGAAUUGGGAUUAUUUUUACAAAGCUGAAUUCAAAAGUCGUUUGAAUGGUUAUCGGCGUUAUAAAGAAAAAGAAAGUGCCUGUUUUAUCAAGUUCCGCGACGGGGAAACAAUUGAUCAGACACAACGAUGUGCAGAGCAAGCAGAGAGAAGAGAAACUGUUCAAUCAUCUACUUCAAAAGCCGUGGCAAAACAAUCGAUUGUCAUUAGCAAGGUUUUAUCCGAAGCGCAAACUGUCUUUGGAAAGCAGAAUGCCUUUCUCGCUGAUGCAUGUGAGACAACGAAACAUGCAGCCAUCGGUGAAGACGAAGAAGAAAAGGAGGAGGAGACAGCAGAAAAUGUUGCCGAAGAAGUGGUAAUACUACGACAGAAAGAAGAAACAAGUAAAUUAUCAAAAUAUACGCCUGACAGUGAAAAGAAAAAACGUCCUGCUUAUACUCCUGAAACGUAUGUUGAUUAUGUGAAAUCUGUUGGGCGUCGAACAACAGUGAACAACUGCGCGCAGAUUCUGUUUGAUCUAUUCAGCGUGGAAUUUCCGCCGGCAUUGUUGGAAACGAUUGCUUUGAAUACACUCUUUCAUCAGAUGCGGUAUCGUCAACAAAUGCAAUCUUCAUUUGCUCUUGUCUUAGUCGCUACUCUUCAAUCGAAAAUUGCCAAUGGGAAGAGUUACGAUGAAAUCAAAGAAUUCAGCUCAAGUUUAUCCGAACGUCGCAAACGAAAAUUCAACCUUUCUCGUUUGCGCCAUCAAUUACGAGACAUUUCCAAAGAAGUAGAUACUGUAGAUGUGCAUCCAUCAAUGGACCUCAUGCCCGCUGCUAACAGUUAUUUUGGCAUCAAAGAAAAUCCAUUAAGUAGUACGCUGCUUCCUUACACCGAUCCGAACAAUGUUAAGAUAGUCAUCAAAGCAUUCUUCUCACAAUAUUCGGCGAAUGAGGUGGAUAUUCAGCUUUUAGGUGCUUUAAAUACAUUUGUGAAAAACGUCAAGCCAAAUUAUAUUUCAUCAUUGGCAUCGUUCGUUCAAGACGCGCACUUUCAGUGGACGGAUAGAGAUAUUGUUCAGGAGUUUUUGGAUAGUUUGAAAACAUGGCUUCUGGAAGAUGCUUUAUUAAAGAAACAAAAGAAGGAGAAGAAAGAUAAGAAGCACGCCGGCGAAAGUAAAGAUGAAACUGAGCGACCAGAAAGUCAUCAGGAUCGACAGAAAACGAAAUUGGAGUCUGAAUUUGAAAAUCUUGUUAAAGCAGUCGUGGCUGAUUUGGAAUAUUGGAAUCAAAUUAUCAAACCAGUUAAUCAACUGAUUUCGAACAACAAAGAGUAUUUGGCCAGAUUUGGUACUCCUCCAAACUUCGACAAAAGUGGUUUAAUCAGUAGUGCCAAAUCAUUUGCUUUCGGCUCAUCGAAUGACGAUAAGGCAAUUGAACAAACACAACAUCUGAUUAAAAUAUACUAUUUAGCAAAAUCGCUUCUUGUCUACAAUCAAAAGCUUUAUAUUAUGAAUGCGAUGAUGUUGAAAGAACAGGGCAAAUAUUCAUCGGAUAUAUAUUUUGAUAAUUCAAAUGAACUCGAAUGGUUCCUGACCCAGCAGAACCAUUAUCCUGUACCAUCCGACAGUAAUCAAUGUGAAGUUUACAUGUUGGAACACGGCCUGGCUUGUGCACCGUUUCGGUAUCUUCUGUCACUUCAUUUGAACAUCAAAUUAUGUUCCUAUCGACAGAUCAGUUUUCAAACAUUAGAAAACGUGGAAAUUCUCAAUCGACAGGCUUCUUCCUGUGAAACAUUAUGGCUACAGAAUGAACGACCACCGAUCGGCAUUGCACCUGAUGAAGAAUUCCGAAUAUUAGUGGCUGCUCAAACAUCGAUAGUAUCGAAGUACGAAAACCUUUUGGCUGCUGAAAUGCAAGUUCAAGUCAAGAGAGACUUCAGCACGAAGGAGAACAUGUCUACGUUCGCAUCGUUCUUUUCUCCACCGCUCCACGGUGCUGUCAUCGAAUGGAUUGAAAAUUAUAUCAACGUCACUCAAGACCAAUCACUUCUUCAUCUUCUUUAUUACCGGCUAUGGGUCGACGGUUGUCACCUUUCAUUGUUCGAACUACAAUUUAUCUUCACAUCAGUUUCCAGUUUGAAAACAUUACAUCAUUGUGAUAUGAAAUACCUUCUUUUACUUGUAAAUUCAGUUCCACAAUCGAAAUUUGUCGAUGUUCUCUUAUAUAUUCGACUUGAAUAUUAUUUCGGAAGACGAUUCAGUGUUGCAUCAAGAAUUUUCGGUGGCAUUCAGUUGAUACCAAAUAUUCGUUUUAAGGCUUUACUAGCAGUGAAAGUAAGCGAAUAUCGUUCGCCGAUUGAUGAAGAAGAUCUUUACAAAAUUAUUCUUAUGCUUCAACAUGCAUCGAAUGGAUCGGAGCAAUUAGUGAAGAUUGGCUUAAGCGAAUGGAUUUCUAUUGCUCAAAAACAAAAGUGGAGUGAAAUUGGAUAUUUAUUACAGCAGUAUGGAUCGGUUGGGUAUUAUCUCGGUGUUCUAGAUAACAAAGGAUUCAAAGAAGAAGAACGAAAAUUAAGACAAAUUAUUGAAAAAGCAACAUUUAUACCUGAGAAACUCAUUGCUCUCUAUACUCAGUGGAUUGUGACGAGAGAAAUCGUGGCCGAUUAUCAGUUUUUUAAAGACUUAAAGAAACGAUUCGUUCGGACAAAAGAUUAUCCAGGAUUAAAAGAUAAAUCAACGAAGUAUCAGUUAAUAACAACUGAAAUCGAGCAAGCGAAGUUGAUUAACUGGUUAUCAACUGGUAAAAUAUCAGUGAAUCAUGUCAAUUAUGAUGAUUUAGCUGAUAUGAGUGAUCGAAAAGUUGAUGCAUUAGUGAAUAGAAUCACUGGUCUACAUGAUACUCCAGAAGAAGCUGAAAAGAGGAGAAAAAGAA